CAAAGGACUAAAAAACCCUAUGACGAAGGAACAGCUUGCCAAAUUGUGCAAGACAAUUGUAACCUUCAUCGCACAGACCACCCUGCAGAUCCUGCUGCCAGCCCUGGCCCGCGUACUUGGGGUAAAGGACUUUGCUGACGACGACACUGACUCACCCAAGAGGGGUGGCAGUGCAAGAGCCUUUGCUGCCUUUGAUCAGGAAAGACUGGAGCUCAUCCAGGAAGUUAGAUAUCUGGCGAAGAAAAUGUAUAAGGGCGGCACAGGGGCUCAACAUCUCAGGUCCCUAACACCCUCUUCUAAGAGUUCCCAGACCUCAGUGAAAGUCCUCCUGGGAAUGACAGAGGACAGAAUCAUCAAAAGUGUCCAGGAGCAACUGUCUGAUCAUAAUAUCCUGUCCUCUUGCCCACCUGAGCUGACUGUUGGUCUUAUCAAGGUGGUGGUCGAACAGCUUAACUCUGCCCUCUCUGCGACCAUCAGCAGAGCCAUUUCAGGGCGGUCCUCCCCUAUUUCUUCUGGUACCCAGGCCGCUGAACAAAUGGUCAACAUGGUCCAGAAAUGUUUUGAUGAUCACACCACCCCAGAGGACCAGAGCUCUACCUCUGUAUUAGAGUCAUGCAUUCCACCUGCAACAGAAGAAGUGAUGACUGUUAUCGCAGAGAUGGUGGGUGAAUUGGAAAAAGAAGAUCCGGAAUUGGCUAAGGUUUUUCGAGAAGUGGCUGUGAAAGUUAAAAUGUUGGCAUCUGGCAGUGACCUUGUAGUGGAGCACCUGGAUGUUGAAGACUCUCCUGUUCCAGAGGAGCUGAACAUAAUAUGUACAUCUUGCAAAGCAAUGAUGCAAAAUCUUGGCACUCUGUUUAGUGUGAAGUUCAAGACCAAAGCCUCAAAGGCUGUGAGUGAAAUUCUUGUGAGAAGGUUAAUGAGCGAUAUCUCUGGUAUGGUUCAACCUUCUCAUUCGUUUAGUACCACUCCAAGCUUGAUGAAUGCAUCUAGCCCAUCUGACAGGAUCCUUGAUUCUGCGGCCACUGAGCUCAUACAGACCAAAGUAGAAUCUGAGGCAUCAAAAAUAAUUGAUAACUUUGUUGAAGAUGUCAAGGACAUUGUGCAGUAUGCUGAAUUAGAUCAGCCAACAAGCACCCAGAGAGAUACCCAAGUGGGACACUGUACGACAAAGCGGAAACCCUUCCAUGCAGCUCGUAGACUCUGCGAGAGACUUCAGGCAAAGCUGGAGACAUUGUUCCUCAGAAUGGGUGGAGCUCCAGUCCAAGGGGAAGAACUUAUGGAAAAAGCUGACUCCAGUGCUGUGCUUCUGGAGCAUACUGACUCCAGUGAUCUGCCUGUUUCAAUCCUGAGCUUGCCUUCCCCAUGUAGGAGUGAAUCCCCUAUAUCAGAACGUAGUUCAUCUUCUUUAUCUGAUGGAUGUGAUUCAACUGACUCUGUAGGAGAGAAAACACCAGAGCAACCUGAAACCAGUAAGAGUGAGGCAAUACUGCAAGUGGUCAACUCAACAGGACUUGGUUCUCUCCGUAAAUGCCAAAGUGAGAACUCUCAACCAUUACUGUCUCUCUGUGAUUCCAACAUGGUGCCUUGCACCAAAGAGGUCUUGUCCCAGAUUGUGACCAUGUAUAGGUCAGAGGUGGCAGAUUUGGAAUGCACAUCAUCUGUUGCAGAGGGUUCCUCUUACAACUCCCUUGAAGUCUGUGGCUUUUUGGACAGUGUCAUGUCUUAUCUAGAAGACAUGCCUGUGUCUGGUUCUUCAUGGUUGGAAGGAUUAAGAGAUACUCCAGCCUCAGUCAUUGAGAAACUCUCCAGUGAGGAGUUCCAGAUGAACGCUACCAACGAAGUGCGAAAAAUACUGAUCAAAUCAGUCAGUAGCUUUCCCAGCAAAGUCAGUUCCAGCCAGACAGAUUCUCAGAUGUUGCCAGCAAAAUCAACAAUUUCCUUAAGGCAUACAGAUAUAACUGCUUUUGAAAUCGUUGGAUCAAUUACAAAUGACAUGAAGAGCCUUUUCCCACCCACAGAGUCUUCUAAUACUCUAUGGCAGGCAGACUCUAUGCUUCAACAGAGUGAUGAGAAAACCUCAGAGUACACUGAGGCCACACCCAAAGGCUCACAAGAGUAUUACUCAGCCCAUUGUGAGAUGCUCAGUCAUCGACAUGGGCAAAUCUACUAA